AGCCCGCUCCCAAGAUGGUGGCGUCGGCGUCAGGGAAGGCGGCGCCACGUGGUGCAGCGGCCAAUGAUCUUCCGGGCUGCGCCGCCGGCGGAGCACGAGAGGCGGAAGUGCCGCGGGGCCGCCUUCUCCGUCCCGGCUGCGGCCCCUGCCGGUUACAUAACCCGUCGCGCGGGGUGGGGGGGCCCGCAGUUCCACGUCCGGCUUCCCGUCUCCCCCAGGAUGUGCUGAGCCCCGCAACGCCGUCCGCUGCCGCCGGCUCCCGUCCGAGGUACCCAGACUCAUGGUAUCGUGAUAUCACAUCCAACAAGAAGUUCUUCUCUCUUGCUGCAACCUACAGAGGUGCCAUCGUGGGAAUGAUAGUAGCUGAAAUAAAGAAUAGGACCAAAAUACAUAAAGAGGAUGGAGAUAUUCUAGCCUCCAGCUUCUCUGUGGAUACACAAGUUGCAUACAUUCUAAGUCUGGGAGUGGUGAAAGAAUUCAGAAAGCACGGCAUAGGUUCCCUGUUACUAGAAAGUUUAAAGGAUCAUAUUUCAACCACUGCCCAGGACCACUGCAAAGCCAUCUACCUGCAUGUGCUCACCACCAACAACACAGCAAUAAACUUCUAUGAAAACAGAGACUUUAAACAGCAUCACUAUCUGCCCUACUACUACUCCAUUCGAGGGGUCCUCAAAGAUGGCUUCACCUAUGUCCUCUACAUCAAUGGCGGCCACCCUCCCUGGACCAUCUUAGACUACAUCCAGCACCUGGGCUCAGCACUAGCCAACCUGAGUCCCUGCUCCAUCCCACACAGGAUCUACCGCCAGGCCCACAGCCUGCUCUGCAGCUUUCUGCCAUGGUCCAGCAUCUCCACCAAAGGUGGCAUCGAAUACAGCCGUACCAUGUGAUGCCAUUGGGCAGCCUCCCCCAGGCCUCUAUCCUCAGCACUUUGUGGAGCCUAUUUUCCUGUCUGUCUGACUUCUGCUGUCUUUUGCAAGGAGCUGGUAGCCACCUGCCGGCCCAUCAGCCUGCCCCAGGUGCAGGCCCGGUG